UCACACUAUUGUUAAAACCGAACACAUGCUCACUUGUCAACACAUGUAAUUUUUGUUUAGAAGGUUAGAAAUAUUUCUAAUUAACAAUUAAUUAAUUGUUAUAAGAAGAAUUACCAAGUUUAUAGUAAUAUUAUUGACACUAAUAUGAUAAAAAAAGUACCGAAAAUGGAAAGUGAUGAUAAUAUGUCAGAUGUGAGUAUGACAAGUGCUGAUUCUUCAUCUGAAGAAGAAGAUGAGAACAUGAUUGAUACUGACGAAAACACUGAUUCGUCGGAAGAUGACAAAAAUAAUGAAGAAGAGGAAGAAGAUGAUACAUUAGUAAAUGCAAUUAAUGCUUCGUCCAAAUCUCAGCGUAAUCAUCCACCAGAAAUCAAAGUCGAAGAUUAUGUAGUCAAUAUUUGCUUCAAUCCAUCAUCAGAUACAAUCGCACUUGCUAACGUUGAGGGAGAUAUAUUAAUAUAUAAUUAUAGUGUAGAAAAUACCAAUCUCUUAUCAACAAUUGAAGUUCACGAGAAAGCAUGUCGAGACUUGAAAUUUAAUGAUAGUGGAGUUUCUUUAUGGUCUGUUUCUAAAGAUAAAUCUAUAGCAAUAACGGAUGUAAAUACAGAAAAAUUAACAGGAAUUUAUGAAAAAGCACACGAUGAUCCCAUUUAUGUUAUUAACCUUUUGACAGAACAUACAUUCGCUACUGGUGAUGACAGUGGAACUGUAAAAUUGUGGGACUUACGACAAAAUAAUAAUAAACCCACAUUUUCAAUAAAAGAAGUAAACGACUAUAUCAGUUCGAUGAUAACAAAUGAAGAAAAGAAGUAUUUGAUAUGCGCAAGUGGUGAUGGUUCUUUAUUAACCCUCGACAUUCGAUCAAAGAAAAUAUUUUGUCAAUCAGUGGAAUAUGAUGAAGAAUUUACAUGCCUGGGUUUAUUUAAAAACAAUACGAAGGUUCUUGUCGGUUGUAGCACCGGAAAACUUUAUAUAUUCAAUUGGGGAGAAUUUGGAUAUCAUUCUGAUGAAUUUAUAAACUUGAAUAAGAAAUCAAUUAAUUGUAUGGUGCCAAUCACUGAUAAUAUAGUAAUCACAGGUAAUGAAGAUGGAACUUUAAGAGCAUUAGGUCUCUUUCCUAAUAGUAAAUUAGGAAUCGCUGGACAACAUGAAUUUUCAAUAGAAGCAAUUGAUAUUUCUAAUGAUGGUAAACUGAUUGCUUCUACUUCUCAUGAUAAUAUUGUGAAAUUUUGGAAUGUAGAAUACUUUGAAAAUUUCAAUUUAGAUGAAAAAGAAGUAAAGAAUGUUAAACAUACUGCUAAAAAACAUAACUUACCCAGUAGUAAAGUAGAAAAUCCAUCAACCUUCUUUGCUGACAUGGAUAUGUAAUGUUUAAAAAUUUUUAAAGGCAAAAAUUUUGUAAUAUAAUUUAAUUAUUUAUUUUCUUUUUUACCAGCAAAAAUUUCUAUGUAUUUUUAUUUUUCAAAUAAUACAUACACAGUAAAAACAAAUAAUAUAAGUCAAAAAGUGCCUUUGUUUCAAUAAAUUCUGUCUAAUCCUUCGAAUUGUUUUUUUUCAUGAAUUGGAGCAUAGAGAUUGAUUGAAUUUAUUCUUACUAAGUUGUGCUGUACUCUUAAGACUUUAAAAAACACAAAUAUAAUAAAUUAUUAGAAAAAUUUGUAUUCAGAAGAGCUUUCAUAAUAAUUGGUAAAAUAAAUUGUUUACUUACAACGUAA